CAUGCGAAUAGGUAUCUACUACCAAGUACCUUCUACCUACAGUAAUACUUUUCUUCAAUGGCUAGUCUACUGCAGAUGGGUUCACCUCUUAUUUACAGGAAUAGCCUUGUGAAGCGAAUCCAACGUCCUCGGUCUUUCACUUGCACCAUAGUAGCCAAAACAACAAGGGCCGAUGAGUCUCCAGUUGUGCUUCGUCGUUCCGCAAACUAUCAGCCUUCUCUUUGGGACCAUCACCACCUCCUCUCGGUCGAGAAUAAAUAUACGAAAGAUGAAAGUGUGCAUGAGAGAGAUUUGUUGAAAGAAAAUGUGAGGAAGAUGCUCAAUGACGAGAGGACCACUCAUCUCGAACAAUUGGAGCUCAUUGACGAUCUGCAAAAACUAGGCGUUUCUUACCAUUUUGAACGGGAAAUCGACAAUAUUUUGACGUUUACUUAUCACAAAGAUAGAAGAAACUUCGUGGAGUAUGACAUGGAAUACGAUCUACAUGCUACUGCACUCGAAUUCCGACUGCUCAGACAACAUGGUUUCAAUGUUCCAGAAGAUGUAUUUGAUGUUUUCAUGGAAAACUGUGGAAAGUUUGACAGCCAUGAUAUAAAUGGCCUCUUAUCUCUGUACGAGGCGUCAUAUCUUUCAACAAAAUCGGACACUAAACUGCAAAAAAACGUUAGAGUUUUUGCAACACAACAACUCAAAAACUUUGUUGAUACUCAUGGUAGUAAAGAUCUUGCAUCCUGUGAUGUGGAGAUGGUGGUCCAAGCGUUAGAUAUGCCAUAUCAUUGGCGAAUGGGAAGGCUAGCCACGAGAUGGUACAUAGAUAUGUAUGGAAAGAGACUUCACAAGAACCCUAUGUUACUUGAAUUCUCCAAGCUCGAUUUCAAUAUCGUACAAGCUGUUUAUCAAGAAGAACUCAAAUACGUUUCCAGCUGGUGGAGGGAGACAGGUUUAGCUAAUCAACUUCACUUUUCAAGAGAUAGGAUAGUGGAGAAUUAUUUUUGGACUACUGGACAAAUCCAAGAGCCUCAAUUUGGGAAUGUUAGACGAAUAAUAACCAAAGUAAAUGCACUUCUUACAACUAUCGAUGACAUCUACGAUAUCUAUGGCACUCUUGAAGAACUUCAACUCUUCACUGCCGCCUUUGAAAAUUGGGAUGUGAAUCGUCUUGAUGACCUCCCCGAGUACAUGAGGUUGUGUUUUCUUGUUGUUUACAAUGAAGUAAAUAACAUUGGAUGUGAUAUCCUCAGAAAUAAAGAUAUCAACGUGAUUCCUUUCCUCAAAAAGUCUGUAAGUAUAUACCAAUUAUCUUUGUUUUGGAUAUUUUGUUAAAACAGUUUAUCACUUUAAGAAGACAAUUUAGGAAGACAUUUUCGAAAGUAUAUUUUCUGUAGAAAUACUUUAUUUUAAUGAGUACCUAGUUUCAGAUGGUUGAUGUAUAUAUUUGUUCACUUCUACUGUGUAUUCUCGGACCAACUCUCUGUUCAAGUCUUGGAGACUUUGUCCGAACACCAACAAAACAUCGUCAGAUGCUCUUCCUCUGUGUUCCGUCUAGCCAACGAUCUUGUAACCUCGCCGGUAAAUCAAUUUCUUCCAAGUUUAUAUAAUUUUAGCUCAACUUGUAAAAUUAUUAGUCGAAGCUUUGUCACCAAUUGUAACCGCUUUUCCCGUUUAGACCAAACCACUUUUUUUAUUAUA